AUGACCGAUUCCGAAGUAGAACCCCUUCUAGGUAAAUCCGCUGGAUCAAGCGUGUAUGAUAGAAUUCCAAGUGAUGCCUCAUUGAAAAAAAGUCCCUCUUCUACUCUGCCAAUCCAAAUAGAGGAAGGGACCCCUAGUCAAGCGAAAAGCAAUACCACUGACACAGAUUCUGAAAAAAGUGCUUUAAACAGUGGAUUAAAAAUCCCUCCAAGAUCAAACUCCCGUUCAUACUCAUUAUCGAAAGCAUCAACGAGAAAUAGUCCACCAAAGUUUCCUUCAAUCGAAAACUUGUCGCAAAAUCCAAAUACAACAAUCAAUAGCUUUAAAGUAGGAAAUACAGCUGGUAAUAGAACAUCUGUCUUUUCGGAUUACUCUGGUAUUGUUCAGCAAGUAGAUAUUGAUACCAUUAAAUUUGUUGGAAACAAAGAUAGUGUUCAAUUAAGCGGAAACUUUUCUUCUUCCUCUUCGGACCAUUAUAUUCAAGAAGAUAAUGAUGCUUCAAGUUUGCCGAAAACUCCAAGGGCUUUAUCAAAAGAAAAAUACCCGGGCACAAAUGCACUGGAUAGUAAAAAUAUGGCUAACCUUAUCAGAAAAAAUACAGAACAUAGUCCAAUCAAAAAAACAGGGCUUCCCUUACCUGAAUCCCCAUUGCCUAAACUUCAUGACGCUUAUAAGCAUCCAAGGUCGGUUGAGACUUCCCCGUUGAAGAAAAGACAUCAAAAGUCGUUAUCUAAUGCAAGCUCAGAAAGUUCAAAAGUUCACCAACAACUAGACAAUAUCAUGAAAGAAGUAGAAGAUUUACAAAGUGUUAUAGAUGAUGAUCAAUUAAAAAAGACAGGCUCAAAACUUUCCAUGGCUUCUACGAACCAUUCUUUUCAUACAGCAGAUGACGGGGACUCCAUAUACACUACUAAUCCAUUACUCGAACCUGAAGAAGAUGGACAAAAGCCUGAAGAAGAUGAGGAAACUGUGACUUUGAAGUUUGGACAUACGUUGGAUCCAUCACUGCUAGGAACUGUUAAACAUGAAUCGCCUUUAAGAUUGAAGAACCCCAAAACAGAAAGCACCAAAUCGCAUGCAAAGAGCACAUCAUCAAAAUCAGGGAAGUCACGCCAUAGCAAGAGCUCAAGCUCGCAUAAGUCAAAAAGAAGAUCAACAUCAUCUAGAAAUUCAUUAAAGCCAUUUUCUUAUGAGACAUUAGCAAAAUUAUUAAAUGCUACAGAUGGAAUUAUAAUCGGCCAAGAAUUUGCAACUUUGAACAUACCAAGUGAAGAGAAGUUUCUGAUUGAGAGGAUAGUUGACUCGAUAAGUAGGCUAACCGCUAAUAUGAUGCUAAACCCUGCGAGAUAUGAUCAAAGUUGUGCCAGACUAGAACGUGUUUUGAACGUUCUUGAAGGUUUUGAUUGA